AUGACUCAAGCCUCUGAUAUCAUCCCCACCCCUGAAGCGCCUUUCGACGAAGAAAAAUCCGAUCUCUCACGAGAGCUUAAAUACCUCGAAGUGCGAAUCGCAAAGCACGAGGAAAAGCUAGAGAAGCUGAUGCAGGAUAUCUAUGCCGAGAAGCGACCCUUGAAGAAACAAGAGCUGGAAAAGCAGAUGCAAGCUGAGAAAGAGGUUGUGGAGGUAGCUAGGUGCGAGUGGGAAUGCGCUUUGGCGGUCUUUCAUAAUGAGAGCUUGGAGUGGGAUGAGGAGGUUAGGAGGCGUCUUAGGAUAGCGAAUGAUGCGAUGUUGGGUAUUGAGGCUGAGGUGAGGAGAUGA